AUGGCCACCGAAUUCGAUGGAUUUACCUUUGAAGCCGUGAAUUUCGACAAAAACAAACAUGAUUGGGCCGAUAUGAGCAAAAUCGAGUUAAAGUUUGCCACGUUGAAGUAUGAUCCGGCUAAGAAAACGCUACAAGUAAGGUGAUGUUGCAGUAUGUUGAUAAGCUAAAAUUUGAGUUGGCAGCAGGGUAAGAUACGGCAUUUUGGGAUAUUUGUGCCCUAUAAAGCCUAAUUUAGCUGUAUUUUCUUAAAUUUAAGAGCUGUUGGCUUCAAAAACAUUGAUUUUUAUAUUACACUUGAGGUCGAGGUUUGAAAUCUCUGGAAAUUUAUGGUAAAAUACGAGCGUCCUUUGUAACCUAGCCUCUCUAUGAUCUUAGAAGAGUAUUCAGGCCGAUUUGGAGUUAAUUUGACGUUUUACUUAACUUGAUCAAGGCCUUGACAUUACACAUGCCAUCAAGUGUAAAAAAGUGAAGUUUUCUAAAGUUCUGUCGUAGUUUACAAUGAAAAAUUUUAAUCAUAGACCAUGAUUUACCUUCUGUAACCAAUGGAACUCUCAGCUAAAUCAAUUUUUAUAUUAUUUUCCACUUGAUGUUGGCUUAGCUGUCAAGUGUAAUAUCAGCUCAAAACGGUUUCACAAAAUACCUCUUGCAGGUCCUAGAUCAACUUAAACUCCCCACAGAGCAAUCCUACAUCGAUGUGAACAAUGUUCAAGACGCUUUUUCCGUGAUUCGCAACAUGAAUGUGCGCGGAGCCCCUUUAAUUGCGACGGUAGCCCUUCUUGGGCUGGCUGUGGACCUCGAACACAACCCAGAAUCCAAACGAAAACCGGUCCUAGAGUACAUUAGAGAAUCUUGCGAAUAUUUAAAGACCUCGAGGCCUACGGCAGUUAACUUGACCAACGAAAUUUUGCGGCUUUUUGAAUUUUUGGGCCAGAUCAAGGGCGAAAGUGAAGAAGAAAUUCGAAAAAAGUGAGGGAAAAUUUUAAUAAAAUGAAUCGCAAAAUUAUUUUAAGGGUCCAAGACCGCUCUUUCGCCCAUUACCAAGCCGAACGAGAGGAAAACGAUCUGCUUUUGAGAGAAUCGACCAUCUGUGUGGAGCACAAUGUCCCAGCUGGGGUCGACAAAUUGAAUGUGAUUACUAUCUGCAAUACAGGAGCGUUGGCUACAUCGUCCUUUGGAACUGCUUUAGGUCCGUGAGAAGAAUUUUGGGAGAAAAACAAGGGAUGUUUGAAGAAUUUUUGGUCUAGUGUAAUAUAAUGAUGACCGAAAAAUACGUCGAAUUUGAGAAUUUUAGACCUAGACUGGCAGAAUACAAUUGUUUCUGCUUUGUGGAAUUGUUUUUGGCCAGAGUGGAGUCCGAAAUUUGGGAUUUCUCGCAAUUUUUUUGUCUAGUACAAGGUCAGGUCAAAGCAAUGGAAUUUGAAAAAAAAUCGGGGUCAAUUUUGAGCUUUAAGGCUUUCAAAAGGCACAGUUUACAAUGUAGUACUGCCAAAUCAAAUUUAUAAAAACUUCUUGGAAUCAAAAUUUUCUUCGAUGACUUUUUUACCGGAGUUGGACGACUGGGGAAAAAGACGAUUGGGGAAACCGAAAAGUAUUAUUUUUCUUCGAUGCAAGUGUCGAAAUUAGGAUAAUCGAGGGUGCUGAUUUCGUAAAUGACAUUCAUUUUUUUGAUCUUUACUUUUUUCCUUAAAUAGUACUGUAAAGUAGUAAUUUUUUGAAUUUUUCUCACAAAUAUUCGAUUUGGGGGGUUUCUAUAGUGCUGAUUUCGAAAAUCUUAUUCAUUUUUUCUGAUUUGAAAGCAGCAUCAUCGAAAACUCCCAAAUCGAGUAUUCAUGAGAAAAAUUCAAAAAAUUACUAUUUUACAGUACUACUUAAGGAAAAAAGUAACUAUCAUAAAAAUGCAUGUCAUUUUCGAAAUCAGCAACCUCGAUUAUCCAAAUUCCGACCCUUGCAUCGAAGAAAAAUAAAACCUUUCGGUUUCCCCAAUCGUCUCUUUCCCAAUCGUCCAACUCCGGUAAAAAAGUCAUCGAAGAAAAUCUGGAUUCCAUGAAAUUUUUAUAAAUUUGAUUUUGCAGUACCACUUCGUAAACUGUGCCUUUUGAAAGCCUUAAAACUCAAAAUUGACCCCGAUUUUUUCCCAAAAAUCCAUUGCUUUGACCUGACCUUGUAUUAGGCAAAAGAAAUGUCAAAGCUAAUGAAUUAGGACCUGUACUAUAUAAAAAUUGAAGUUUAGUCUUCAAACUCUCCUUUUAUUACCUUUAAAAAUCCAAAAUCAUCAAAUUUUAGGAGCCAUCAAAGCCCUAAACGACCGAAAUCACCUUGAAAAGGCGUACUGUCUCGAGACACGCCCCUAUCUUCAAGGAUCUCGUCUGACAGCCUUCGAACUCUCGGCUCAACACAUUCCUCACACCCUGAUCAGCGAUAAUAUGGCCGCUUAUUUGAUGAAAACCCGCCCCAUUCACGCCAUUUUGGUUGGGGCCGAUCAAAUCGCCGCCAACGGCGAUACGGCCAACAAAAUCGGGACGUAUCAACUGGCGGUGACGGCGAAAUAUCACAAAGUCCCGUUUUAUGUGGUAGCGCCCACUUCUUCGAUCAAUCUGAGGAUCGGGUCGGGCGCCGACAUUAAAGUAGAGGAAAGGCCGGCCGACGAGUUAAAAAUCAUCAACGGAAAGCACAUUGCCCCGUUGGAUACGCCGGUUUGGAAUCCGGCAUUCGAUGUGACACCUAAUGAGCUGAUUUCGGCGAUCCUCACGGAGAAGGGAAAUGUUUUACCAAGGGAUGUGCCCACCUUAUUUUAG